AUGCCCCUGCUAGACGCAGAAAGUGUCGACCUUCUCUCGAGACUCAUGAACAGCUCGUGGGCCAACGUGGACAAGUCGAACUUGACGGACGCACUGCUGGACUCGCUGAACCAGUCCUCGGCGGCGUCGGCCACGCGCGCGACUGUCGUCGACGUGCGCAGCGAGCGCCAGUGGGUGUUGCCCUGGUGGACACAGCUGGUGUACGCCUGCCUGUUCGGGUUCAUGGUCGCCACGGCAGUGCUGGGAAACGCCGCGGUGAUCUGGAUCGUGCUUGCACACCGGACCAUGCGCACCGUCACCAACUAUUUCCUCCUCAACCUCUCCGCAGCCGACACCAUGACGGCCACGUUCAACGCCGUCUUCAACCUGGUCUACAUGCUCGAGAGCCACUGGGCCUUCGGCGAAGGCUACUGCGUAUUCAGCAACUUCGUGGCCAACUUGACCGUAUCGUCUUCGGCCUUCACCAUGGCAGCUAUGAGCAUCGACAGGUGA